GCACUGUUUUACGUGGAUAUUGGGCUGGACAUCUCGCAGUUGCUGCUCUUCGAGCGCCGCGGUCUUUUUGGCUACCUGACGCUGAACUGCUUCGGCCUGCUGCUGCCCGUGCUGUUCACGUGCAUUGACGUCGUCCGGUUCUGCCGCCGCAAAUCAGUAGAGCACGACUUCCUUCAAGGACUACUGACAGCCAAGCUAGUGCUGCCGUUGCUGCUCGUAGCAGUCUUGAAGCACUCUCUGCUCUCAGGGGCGAAGGCGGCCGAGGUUGCCGAAUCCGCAAUCUCGGCGCUGGUGCAGACGAACUUGCUGAUGUCUGCCCUGGGUGGCGUUUCACAAAUUGAAUCGCUCGAUUUGUCGGAUGGAGAGCUACAAAGCUUACAGCUUUCAGUUGCCGUUUCCUGUUUUUCCCUUGGCCUGGGCUUUGCCAGCCGCGACAAAGCGGACUCGGCAGUGCUCGGCCUUCCUGGCAAGCUGGGAUGGGGUCUCCCAAUGGCGGCCUUGGUCCUCACAAGAUCGAUGGAAGUGUUUAGCAGGGUCUUUGCUUACAACAUCAUACAGAUUUCUGUGAGGGGCUGGCCGCUGUUGCGUUUCGGCGGCAUUGUAGCAGUUGGCCUCGUGCUGCUGUCAUCCCAACUCGUCUUCCCAGAGGAGGCCUCUCUGGCAGAUGUUGCGGCGUCCGUCGCAGCCUAUCCAGGCCAG